GGCUAACCAGCUACUGUUCAUCUGGUCAGUGUGAACCCUUGCCUCUUCCCCGUUUAAGGUUGCACUCUGUGAUAACGAACACUACCUACUCAGACCGACCACAGGAAUCCCUGGAAGCCCGGCCUCGGUGCCCAAGAUCGUCCAUCUCUGGCAGAUACCUGGGAUCUUUGGCACCUGAAGGCCUCCCAGACUCCCUUCUAAGAUGGCAACCGGCAUGAAGAAUGCCCCAAACCACGUCAUCUUCAAGAAGGUCUCCCGGGACAAGUCGGUGACCAUCUACCUGGGGAAGAGGGACUACAUCGACCACGUGGAUCAGGUGGAGCCCGUGGAUGGCGUCGUCCUGGUCGAUCCUGAGCUCGUGAAAGGGAAGAAAGUCUUUGUGUCUCUGACGUGUGCGUUCCGCUACGGCCAGGAAGACAUCGAUGUCAUCGGCCUGACCUUCCGCAGAGACCUGUAUUUCUCCAGGGUGCAAGCGUACCCUCCCAUCAACACAGGGAAUGCACCAACCAAACUGCAGGACAGCCUGCUGAAGAAGCUGGGGAUCAACGCUUACCCUUUUCUUCUCACAUUUCCUGACUACUUGCCCUGCUCAGUGGCUCUUCAGCCGGCUCCUCAAGACGUGGGCAAGUGCUGCGGAGUAGACUUUGAGGUGAAAGCCUACGCCACAGACAUCACAGACACGGAGGAGGAAAGAGUGCCCAAAAAGAGCUCUGUCCGCCUGCUGAUCCGCAAAGUCCAGCAUGCCCCUCCUGAAAUGGGACCCCAGCCCCAAAUGGAGACAGCCUGGCAGUUCUUCAUGUCCGACAAGCCUCUGCACCUGGCCAUCUCUCUCACCAAGGAGAUCUAUUUCCAUGGCGAGCCAAUUCCUGUGACCGUGAGUGUGACCAAUAACACAGAGAAGACCGUGAAGAAGAUUAAAGUGUUAGUGGAACAAGUCGCCAACGUGGUCCUGUAUUCGAGUGACUACUACGUCAAACCUGUAGCCACAGAGGAGGCCCAUGAAAAAGUGCCACCAAACGGAACCUUAACAAAGACAUUGACGCUUACCCCCUUGCUCGCUAAUAAUCGAGAAAGGCGGGGCAUUGCCCUGGAUGGCAAAAUCAAGCACGAAGAUACAAACUUGGCUUCCAGCACCAUCAUUAAGGAGGGUAUAGACAGAACAGUGCUGGGAAUCCUGGUGGCUUAUCAGAUCAAAGUGAAGCUCACCGUCUCUGGCUUUCUGGGAGACCUCACCUCUAGCGAAGUGUGCACCGACUUACCGUUCCGCCUCAUGCAUCCCCAGCCUACAGAUCCAGCCAAGGAAAGCUCAAUGGGUGAAGAUCUGGUCUUUGAGGAGUUCGCUCGUCAAAAUCUGAAAGACGUGGCUGAUCAUGAAGAAGAAAAGAAAGAUAAAGAAGCACGAGCGACUGAUGACUGAAUGGAAUGACGACUGAGUGGUGUUAGUGCAGAGAAUGUAGUUCAUAGGAGUGUAGCUCCAGAUCUAAUUCACCUGAAAGCUCAUUUAGUCCAACCACCUCAUUUUACAGAGCAAGAGCUAAGGCCCCAUAUUUCCUUCAGUGUUGUAAAAGUGAAACAAACUUAGUUACGUGGAGUCAUAAUCUCAUCUAUCCCUUUAGGAGGCAUACCUCGUUAAACUGGCUCUCUAGGUAAACUAAGUCAGUUUAUAGAUUAAACCACUUAGAGGGCUCAGAAAGUGCUAAUUUGAGAGGGGCGGUUUGCGUAUCAUCCAGGUCCACAAGAAAGUUCAGUGAACAUGAACACCCUGAAACUAACCAGCCAGCCACCCAAGAAGCCCAAGGAAUCCAGUAAAGAUCACUGAUAUUCAAUAAUAUCAAGUUGAGUGAUUUGCCCAAAGUCACCAAGGGUCUUCCUCCAGACCCCUCAAUGGCACACGCUGCCGUCCAGGCCAGCACAGGAAGCAGGAGAGCCAAGACAAAGGAAAGACGUAGUUUGUAUCGUCGUGAACUUUCCCCUCCCCCACUGCUCAAAUAAAUAAAGUUUGAAU